UAUUUCCGUUGGUUUUCGUUAACAAACCAAAUUAGAAAAACCGUUGUAAGAACGAAGAAAACACAAUAGUGAAGUCUUAUACUUCUGGUCGGGGGGCGUGGUGGGAGAGAGCCGAGAGGAGGAAGAAGAAGACGACGACGAUGGGAGAGGGUUUAGGGUUCUACAAAGAAUACGUCGCCGGAAUGAAUGCUGGUCUCGCCACAGUCGCCGUCGGCCACCCUUUCGAUACCGUCAAGGUGAAGCUUCAGAAACAUAACACAGAUGUGGAAGGUCUCAGAUACAAAAACGGUCUGCAUUGUGCUUCAAGGAUCCUCCAAACUGAAGGAGUGAAAGGACUUUACAGAGGAGCAACAUCUUCGUUUCUUGGAAUGGCCUUUGAAAGCUCAUUGAUGUUUGGAAUAUACUCCCAGGCUAAGCUCUUCUUAAGGGGAAGUUUACCAGAUGAUGGGCCACGACCAGAAAUAAUUAUUCCAUCUGCUAUGUUUGGUGGAGCUAUUAUUAGUUUUGUAUUAUGUCCAACCGAGCUAGUCAAGUGUAGAAUGCAGAUCCAAGGCACUGAUUCUUUGGUUCCCAACUUCCGUAGAUACACUAGUCCUCUUGAUUGUGCUGUUCAGACCGUUAAAAACGAAGGGGUAACAGGUAUUUUUAGAGGUGGCUCAGCGACAUUAUUAAGAGAAUGUGCUGGAAAUGCUGUCUUUUUUACUGUGUAUGAGUACUUAAGAUAUCACAUACACUCGAGAUUGGAGGGUUCUAAGUUGAAAGAUGGUUACUUGGUUGAUAUGGGGAUAGGUGUUCUCACUGGUGGACUUGGAGGCAUAGCUUGCUGGUCAGCUGUUUUGCCUUUUGAUGUAGCAAAAACCAUUAUUCAGACCUCUCCAGACAAAGCUACUGAGACAAAUCCUUUCAAAGUGUUGAGAUCGAUUCAUAAGAGGGCUGGAGUCAAGGGAUGCUAUGCUGGUUUGGGUCCAACCAUUGUGAGAGCAUUCCCUGCUAAUGCAGCAGCUAUUGUGGCUUGGGAGUUCUCAAUGAAAUUGUUGGGAAUCAAACGUGAUUAGGGAUUAGUAUUAGCAUUCGAAUAUAAAUGUAUUUCAGAUCUGAUGAGCUUUCUUGUAACUGAACUACAUAUCUCAAUAAUCAAAAGUUUCUAGCAGAUUAUUAUGUUUCUUGUUAGCCUUUGUAGCUGUCUCCUCAAUGGAUAGUGAAACAUAUACAGAUCUUGGCUUGAAUAAAUAUAUUCCUUCAA